ACAUACACAAGCCAUUAAUGGGUAUGUGGUGGAUAGUGGCGGUGGCUAUCUUGGCUCACACGGCGUCUGCUGCCGUGAGAGAGUAUGCUUGGGAGGUUGAAUACAAGUUCGGGUGGCCCGACUGCAAAGAAGGCAUGGUCAUGGCCGUCAACGGCCAGUUUCCUGGCCCCACCAUACACGCCCUCGCUGGAGACACCAUCGUCGUCCACCUCACCAACAAACUCGCCACCGAAGGCCUUGUUAUCCAUUGGCAUGGAAUCCGUCAGCUGGGAAGUCCAUGGGCAGAUGGAGCAGCGGGAGUUACUCAAUGUGCCAUUAGCCCUGGCGAGACCUUUACCUACAAUUUCACUGUUGAUAAGCCUGGAACACACUUCUACCAUGGGCACUACGGCAUGCAGAGAUCAGCUGGGCUAUACGGAUCGUUGAUUAUCGACGUAGCGAAAGGGAAGAAAGAGCCAUUGAGAUACGAUGGAGAGUUUAAUCUCUUACUAAGCGAUUGGUGGCAUGAGGAUGUUCUCUCUCAAGAAAUCGGUCUUUCUUCUAGACCUAUGCGCUGGAUCGGUGAAGCUCAGAGCAUAUUGGUCAAUGGGAGAGGACAAUUCAAUUGUUCAUUGGCGGCUCAAUUUAGCAACACGAUGUUACCAACAUGCACGUUUAAAGAAGGUGAUCAGUGUGCACCACAGAGACUACAUGUGGAGCCUAACAAGACUUACCGAAUCAGACUCGCCAGCAGCACUGCCCUUGCCUCCCUCAACUUUGCUGUUCAGGGACACAGGCUAUUGGUGGUAGAAGCCGACGGCAAUUACAUUACGCCGUUCACAACCGACGACAUCGAUAUCUAUUCCGGCGAGACCUACUCCGUCCUUCUCACCACUGAUCAAGACCCUUCCCAGAACUACUACAUCUCCGUCGGCGUCCGCGGCCGGAAACCAAACACACCUCCGGCACUCACCGUUCUAAACUACGUAACCGCCCCUUCUUCUCAACUCCCUGCUUCUCCGCCGCCGGAGACUCCGCGAUGGAACGAUUUCGAUCGGAGCAAGAACUUCUCGAAGAAGAUCUUCGCAGCGAUGGGAUCUCCAUCGCCGCCGGAGACAUUCAACGAACGAUUGUUCCUCCUCAACACUCAGAAUCUGAUCGACGGAUUCACGAAAUGGGCGAUCAACAAUGUCUCCCUCGCGGUUCCGGGAACGCCGUAUCUCGGAUCCGUCAAGUACAAUCUGAGAACCGGAUUCAGCCGGAGCUCGCCGCCGAAGGAUUACCCGGUGGAUUACGACAUCAUGAACCCGCCGCGAAAUCGUAACACCAAGCAAGGAAACGGGAUCUACGUUUUCCCGUUCAACGUAACCGUCGACGUGAUUCUCCAGAACGCUAACGGCUUAAACGCAAACGCUAGCGAGAUUCAUCCGUGGCAUCUUCACGGUCACGAUUUUUGGGUUUUGGGUUACGGUGAAGGGAAAUUUAAACCGGGAAUUGACGAGAAGACGUAUAAUCUGAAAAAUCCGCCGUUACGGAAUACGGUGGCGUUGUAUCCGUAUGGAUGGACGGCGUUAAGAUUUGUAACGGAUAAUCCUGGGGUUUGGUUUUUUCAUUGUCACAUUGAACCGCAUUUGCAUAUGGGUAUGGGUGUGGUUUUUGCUGAGGGAUUAAACCGGAUCGGUAAGGUACCUGAUGAGGCGUUAGGUUGUGGUUUAACCAAGCAAUUCCUCAUGAACCGGAAUAACCCUUAGUGAUCAGUAAUUUGUAUUGUGGCGGCAUUUGAGUCUGGUUUUGUUUUGGUUGUGUACCAAUUACCAUGUUGUAAACCGAAAAUUGUUUCUUGUUAUUGGUGUUGUUGGUUCUUUAGUUGGUUAUAGUGGUUACUCUGAUUUGGUCUGAUUAAGGAGUUUACUGCAUGUAUUUGAUCAAAGAAAUCUAGGGAGUAGAGAAGAGACGAGAAG